UCAAUUCAAAUGUGUUACAUUUAACUCGUUACACCGGUGCGUGACGCAAAAAUCGAUUAAAACGCUCCUAAAACACAAAAAUGCAGUACUUACGUAAGGCCACACCGUGUUUUACAUUUUUUUCCACAAAUUUCUCACACAUUUUACAAAAAAUUGUAAGGUUAAAAAACACAAGCGUCAACAAAACUGGGAACAUUUCGUCGCGUCACGUUGGCGCCCUAUUUGAAACUUGGCGCGAAAAAUUCAAACUGAACUCGAUUUCGGAGCCUCGGGAGUCAAUUGAGUACAUUUUAGCGCAUUGUUUGGGCACACCGAAGAUUUCAGACGUUUACAAACACCGGGAUAGAGUUUUAAAUGAGGAUCAAGUGAAAAUGGUCGAAUCUUUAUGCUUGAAAAGACUAGAAAUGCUUCCGGUUCAAUACGUGCUAGGCGAGUGUUACUUCCGGCAAUUGGUGUUGAAAAUGUCUCCUCCGGUGUUCAUCCCCCGCCCGGAAACGGAACAACUUGUGGAUAUUGUUUUGGGGGAAAUUGAUGGUAAAAACUGUGGUCAUGUUUUGGACUUGUGUUGUGGCAGCGGUGCCAUUGCGUUAUCUCUCCUCCAGGAACGUCCGCAAAUAAAAGCCACUGCUUUGGAUCAAUCGACGGCGGCGUGUCACUUAACAAAAGAAAAUGCACAAAAGGCCGGUUUAAACAAGCGCAUCCGUAUCAUUCAGAGCCAACUAGACCAGUGGCACUGUCGCGAAAAAUUCGAUAUAAUCGUCUCGAAUCCGCCUUAUAUUUUCAGCGAGGAUUUGGAUAAGCUACAGCCUGAAAUUAAAUUGUACGAGGAUUUGGACGCUUUGGACGGAGGUGUUGACGGUUUAAACGUUAUUAAAUUAGUCCUCAAAGUAUCAUCCGAAUGUUUAACCACAAAUGGAAAAUUGUUUCUUGAAGUGGAGCCUCGUCAUCCGAGACUGCUUCAAUAUUAUUUGAGCGAGUUUGCCCCCAGGCUGGCUUACGUCGCGACCUACAAGGAUUUUCACGCCAAAGAUAGAUUCGUCGAGAUAAUUAAAACCAUCCAAUAAAAAUACAAAUAAUUUAUUUCAUU